AUGAACAAUUUCAGAAGGCCACAUGAUGAUAUUUAUAAUGAAGUGGGAAGUAUGGAUAUUUUGGAUGUUUACCAAGAUGCUCAAGUUGAUCCACAAGUAAAUAGUUUUCUUAAGACUUAUUAUUUUACAAUGCGUGAUCCUCAAUAUUUGGAGUGGAGAUUAAAUAAUGAUACAAAAGUUACUACAAAUGAAAUGCGUGAAGAUAUUUUACGUAAUAAAUUGGAAGCUAUUAAACGUUGUGAGAGAAUGUCUUUAUUUUUGGAUGAACAUAAUAUUGGAUUGGCUACAUAUAAAGCUUGGUGUAAGAAAUUUAACAAGAAGAGUGGAAAGAGUGUUGUUAAUGGUACUAUACCAGAAUGGGUUAGAUCUCAUUCUAAAAAGUGUCAAGAUGGAGAUAUUGAAAAAAUUGGAGAUGGAAGUGAUGAAGUUGAUAAAUUAGUUAAUAAUGAAGCUCUUGAAGAAAUGAAAGCCAGAAAGAGUAUGUUAAAACCACAUAAGAAGGAAGAAGCGGAGAAAAAACCUAGGAAGGUUGAGUCUAAAGAUUAA